AUGAAGUUCUUCGCCACCGCCGUCUCUGCUGCCGCUGUCGCCUCCGCUGCCACCAUUGGCAAGCGCGACGUUGUCUUCCAAGUCUCCGACUUCACCGCCGGCUGCAUCCCCCACAGCUCUCAGUGCUCUUACUCUUUCGGAGUUUUCCAGCCCGGUACCAUGCAGACCGAGCCCAUCAAGUGCAGCAUUCAGGCUACCGGUAACCCCGGCGGUGCCCUGCCCGAUGUCACCGGAGGCACCUGCGAGGCGUCUUCGCGUACCUUCGCUGUCACCCGUGGCGACGCUGGCCUGACUUUCAGUGUCUCGCAGCCUGUCAGCCCCAGAAGCAACCAGACCGGCACCUACUUGAUCCCUGCCGACCAGCUCACCUUCUCCGGCGAGCCCAACGCUGUUGUUGAGACCUACACCGGCCCCACCAGCUUCGACCUAAACUCAACCUUCUAA